CGCAGAAAAAACUUGGGUAUUUCGUGCAUACGAACACUAUCUGGCUCAAUCCCAUUAUGCCCUUUCAUCCACGAUGGAGCAACAUAACGCUGAUCUCUUUCGCCUCCUCAGCAAUCCGUCUUUUCUACUACGUAUUGAAAAGUUUCCCCCUGAAUAUGCCGCCCAGCUUCACUUUACCCCAGAUGCUCUGGGACACGGUGCCAGAAGCGAGAUUUUGCUCAACAAGAAGGCAUUGUACUUUAAGUUCUUCAAGCCAAACCACGACCUAAUAAAUGGCCUCAUUGGAGAUACACUUCAUUGGCUGGAGAAGUUGGCUGCCUGUUCCGGUACCGAGUUGGAGGCGAUAUACCACGCCACGUGCAUACUUCUUCUUGUAACGAACGACCACCAUACAAUCUUGGGUGUUCACAAGCUGAUUGUCUAUCAAAUGGUUGCCGAUCCAGUUUUCAUUGAAACAGAGUUUUCCCUAUUGCAAAACUAUCUUCUCUGCAACUUGGACAAGAUCAACAAAUCGUCCACCCUAUGGCUAAUGUACAAGAAGGUGGUGGUUAUAAGGAUUGCAAACGGACAGGAUGCCACAUCUUUCUUAGACAGCCUUCUCGCCACUAUCAAAGGAUCGGGCGAAUCGCAUUAUCAGAGCUACUAUGCCUGGGAGUUUUGCUCGUGGUUGAGCUGUCUCUUCCGACAUCUCGGCUCUACAGGCGUCCCUGAGGGGCCCCGUUACGAAACAGCUGUAAGAGAGAUCUACGCCGCAGUCUCAGAAUUUUGCCAUAGUCACCCCCGCGAUCAUUCGGCGUGGACGUGUUUGGGGAAUGUGGUUAUGCCCAGUGAACGGAAGCUAACCCAGGCGGUGCUGGAAACAAUGCAAUGCUUGCGCGAUUGUGCUCCCAGUGGUUUUCACUCAGUAAUGGAAAAACCUGGCCCCAGAAAGGGCAUUGGCUUUCUCGGUGAAAUUUUGCUGGAAGUCACCUGGAUUUCAAAGUAUGCUCUCAACCAAUCAUCUAGUGGGUUUAUCAAAUCUAUGGUAGUCCAGGUAGCUGGGCUCCCCAAACUCCUGGGGGUUCUAUCAGAUCGUUUGGAAUCCCUUAAGCUAGAAUCCCCGCUGCUUGGGGGCUUGCUAGAAUCCGUGGUAUUUACCAAUGGCUAUUGGGAUGUUAUGGGGGUCCCAGUGUUUGAUGACGAUUUGAUUUCCAAAGCUAAAAUGAGUGACAUGGUGGAGCUAUACAGGUUGGUCGAAUGGCUCAAACGUUUUGCCACCAGCUAAAGCCGUAAUGACAAAACAGAGCAGAACAGGACGUCCCGAAAUGCAAUUUUCUGAUAGUCUACGGGUAUACUGGUAUCUUUGUCUAUCUAUUCAACAACUGAUAUUAGAAGAUUCCGAAGUGUUAACCAGGAAACGUUAGC